UUGUGGGAAAUCAAUGGCUGCCUUGUGCAAGUUGUGGUUUGCAGAUUUCUAAAUUGUCGCCGACAAACCUAAUUUUGUCUGUUUUUGCAAAACAUUUACCUGAUUUUGUGUUGCCAGAUGAUUUAUCUGCACUCAUGAUCAAGUAUAUUGUUAUGGGCUUGCGAGGAUUUUUUGUACUGGCUGCUAAGAUAUGGAGUUUCAUAUGCUACUGUUUCAAACGUCAAAUUCGCUCGGUUAUACAACAUCAAACAGUAAAAUAUGAAGUUAUACCGUUAUCACCUCUAUCUAAGCAUAGACUUAGUAUGCUUAGGAGAAAGACAUUAGUAUUAGAUUUAGAUGAGACGUUAAUACAUUCACAUCAUGAUGGAGUUAUACGACAGACUGUUAAACCAGGGACACCUCCAGAUUUUGUAUUAAAGGUUAUGAUAGACAGACAUCCUGUGAGAUUUUUUGUACACAAACGACCACAUGUAGAUUAUUUUCUGGAAGUUGUGAGUCAGUGGUAUGAUUUAGUUGUAUUUACAGCCUCUAUGGAGAUAUAUGGGGCAGCAGUUGCUGAUAAACUUGAUAAUAACAGAGGAAUAUUAAAUAGACGAUAUUAUAGGCAGCAUUGUAAUUUAGCAGCGGGUAGUUACACUAAAGAUCUCUCUGCCAUUAACCGUGACCUCUCCAGUAUAUUUAUACUAGAUAAUUCACCUGUGGCAUACAGAGCUUAUCCAGAUAAUGCUAUACCAAUCACGUCAUGGUUUAGUGACGCAACAGAUACUUGUUUAUUAUGUUUAUUACCGCUGCUGGACUCUCUACGAUUCUGUAACGAUGUACGUUCUGUCCUCAGCAGGAACUUACACAAAGUUGUCGUAUAUUAGUUUAACACUCAGAUACCAUUAUAUACAGACAGUAUCAUAGGAUCAUCUAAUUAAUCAUGUGUCAUUAUUAAAUGAGCCAUGUCACGACAAAACCAACAUAGUGCGUUUGCGACCAGCAUGGAUCCAGACCAGCCUGCGCAUCCGCGCAGUCUGAUCAGGAUCCAUGCUGUUCGCUAACAGUUUCUCUACUUGUAAUAGGGUUUAUAAGCGAACAGCAUGGAUCCUGAUCAGACUGCGCGGAUGCGCAGGCUGGUCUGGAUCCAUGCUGGUCGCAAACCCAUUAUGUUGGUUUGUCGUGACGCGGCUCAUAUAUUGAAACAGUCAAGAAUUAUGUUUGUUAGAAUCACUGUUUUAUUUACAUAAACUUUCAUAUCUCUGCUAAGAACAUCAUUUUUAUUCUGUUUAAAAAGUGUAUGUUAAAUAAUUUUAUAUCCAUAUUCGGUCACUUCUGGUGCAAAAAGAGUUUAAUUUUAUAUUCGUCUACCAAUCAACCCAUUAUUGGAUGUCACAAAUAUUUGGUAAAAUGUAUAUUUGUGUUGAAAAUAAUUCUGUUGAAAUAGCAAUAUGUGGCUAUUUUUAUGCUGUCAACAAAUUCCAGCAAUUUUAGAUCUUGUUCAUUCUGCAUAACAAUAGCUCUAGAUAAAUAACAUAUUUAUAUUUGUUAAACUGUUACUGUAGUUGUGCCGGGAUUAUUCUGUAACAACAAUACUGAAGAAGUGUGUAUCAGACUUGGAAAAUAUGAUAGAUUUAAAAAAAAGUUUUUAGAAAUAUUUGUAUAUGCAUGUAUAUCUGAAAAUGGGAAUAGUUUUUAUGCUCCCACAAAGUGGGGAGCAUAUAGCGUUGCACUUGUCUGUACGUUUGUCCGUCCGCCUGUCUGUCUGUACGUCCCGAAAUCUUGUGAACGCAACUCCUCUAAAACCGGAAGGGCAGAUUUUGCUUAAACUUCCAGGGAUGAACAACCUUAAUGUGUAGAUGGUAGUAAAGGAAGGAAUUUUUGCUGCAACCAAAUUUAACAGAAUUUAGCCCUUUGUUGAUUUUUUCACUAUAUACUAUGUAGAAAUCUUGUGAAUGCAACUCCUCUUAAACCGGAAGGGCAGAUUUUGCUUAAACUUCCAGGGAUGAACAACCUUAAUGUGUAGAUGGUAGUAAAGGAAGGAAUUUUUGCUGCGACCAAAUUUAACAGAUGAUUUUUUCACUAUAUACUAUGUAGAAAUCUUGUGAACGCAACUCCUCUUAAACCGGAAGGGCAGAUUUUGCUUAAACUUCCAGGGAUGAACAACCUUAAUGUGUAGAUGGUAGUAAAGGAAGGAAUUUUUGCUGCGACCAAAUUUAACAGAAUUAUUGCCCUUUGUUGAUUUUUUCACUAUAUACUAUGUAGAAAUUUUGUGAACGCAACUCUUCUUAAACCAGAUGGCAGAUUUUUCUUAAACUUCCAGGGAUGAACAACCUUAAUGUGUAGAUGGUAGUAAAGGAAGGAAUUUUUGCUGUGACCAAAUUUAACAGAAUUAUGGCCCUUUCUUGAUUUUUUCACUAUAUACUAUGUAGAAAUUUUGUGAACGCAACUCCUUUUAAACCGGAUGGCAGAUUUUGCUUAAACUUGCAGGGAUGAACAACCUUAAUGUGUAGAUGGAAGUAAAGGAAGGAAUUUUUGCUGCAACCAAAUUUAACAGAAUUAUGGCCCUUUGUUGAUUUUUUCACUAUAUACCAUAUAUAUGUUGUCAGUGGGGGCAUCCGUGUCCUUUGGACACAGUUCUAGUUAUACCAUCUUUGAACAGCAUAAAAAAUGUAUUGACAGAAUUUCUUUUGUUUUUCUUUGUUUGUAUUGACAUAAUUUGAAAUUAAGUCCUAGACAUAAAGACAUGUUAUUCCAUGCAUAAUUUAUGUAUACAGUUUGAAUAUUUUAUUUUGGAGUUAUUUUUGACAAUAAUUUACAGGUUCUCCAAAUUUUGAAAUAAAGAAAAUAUGUAAUACCAAUGAAAAAUGGGUUUAUGUAAAAAAAAUCAGUGAUUGUCUACGAUUGAUAUGUUUUUGUUACCCACUGACCUCACUACUGGUUCCAGGGAGAAAUGAAUGCCAGCCAUUGGUUGAUUCAAAUUAAUCGCCAACCAAUCAAAUGCUGGUGUUUGAGAACAGUUUUGCAUCUAAAAAUUUGUAGGAUUCAUUUUCGUUCCUUUAAAUUGCAAAAUACCUUAAAAUAUGAAGAUCAUUUAAGAAACAUGAAUGUUAAUCAGUAGAGAUUAUGUACAGUACAAUCUGUGCAGAACAAGACCCUUUUAGAGGCAACAGUUUUGGUUGUUGCUAAGAGACCAUUCUCUAGAGAGA